AGGUCAUUUUAUUUUUAAUAUUUCGUGAAAUACUAAAAAAUUUAAAAUUUUUAACUAAUAAUAAUCAUCAUCAUCAUUUGAGCCACACACCUAUCGGUGACGUAACGUCUCUCUAUUGUUUGGUUAGGGCAACUGUCACUCUGCCAGCUAUAAAAGCAGCACCACAAGUUCGCGAGGGCUCAGAAAGUGUUUGGCCGUUCGUUGGCUCUGUACAGCGCGCAAAGUUAACGAGUGUAUUUAUUUCGUACCCGCUCCCGCCCGGGCAAAGUGAAGUGAACCAUGGAUUGAUCUGUUACCUACAUACAUCAGUCAGAAGCGGUUGGAGCGCAAGCAACCGGUUCAGCUCCGAUCCAAUUCUGGUGUGAUUUCCAUAACGUUGCGAGCCUAAAAAAAACUAGAAAUGGCGGCACUAAUCUUACUUCUGGUUGUGAUCCCACUGGCCUUGGUGUUCCUGAUUUACCGAAAGCUAUCUGCGAAGCUUAAAUUUUUCUCCUCCUUUCCGAUCCCGGUGGUUCCGGCUAAAUUUUUCUUCGGCAGCACCGCCCCAAUGCUCCAGAAGCAGAUUGCACCCAUCGAUUUUGUCAAAGAUGUCUAUAGUCGGUUUCCUGAGGACAAGGUAAUCGGUCUACUGGACACGACGACUCCGGUUUUCCUGAUCCGAGACCUGAACCUAAUCAAACGGCUAACGGUGAAGGAUUUCGAUUAUUUCACCGAUCGAAGGCCGAUGUUUGGGCGACUGCAGAAGGAAGGUGGAGAUCGCAAUCCGGACGUCCUGUGUACGAAAACUCUGGCCUCGCUGGCCGGAAGCCCUUGGAGGGAUAUGCGAGCUACGCUAAGUCCUGCCUUCACCGGAAGUAAGGUUCGGGCUAUGUUUGAGCUGAUCGUGGAGUACUGUGAGCAGCUGGGACCCGUGUAUUUGGAGGCCGGGGUCAAGGAGUACGAGUGGAAGGCGGAAUUUGGAAGGAUUGCAACGGAUAUAAUUGCGACCAGUGCUUUUGGGCUUAACGUCAACUCGAUCAAGGACGAGUCGAAUGAAUUCUACACUAUGGGCAGGCAGAUGCUGAACUUUGAUCGAGGUUUGAUCGUGGCCAAGGUGCUGGGAUAUCGUUUGGUUCCUCAACUGAUGACCUUUCUGGGGGUCGACAUCAUUGAUAACGACCCUAAAAGGUAUUUUUCUACAAUCAUUAGGGAAGCUAUUAAGACCAGAAAUGAUCAUGGAAUCGUUAGACCAGAUAUGAUCCACCUGCUCAUGUUGGCCAGGAAAGGAGGGUUGACACAUAAUUCGCAAACUUCAGAACCCAAUGAAGGUUUUGCUACCGUCGAAGAGUCCGAACUGGGCAAAGCCAACACUUCUGGAUCAAUGAGCGACUCCGAAAUGAUAGCUCAGUGUCUGAUAUUCUUCCUCGCUGGGCUCGAUACAAUAUCCACGACUUUGUCGUUUCUAGUCUACGAGCUGGCUUUGAACGAAGAUAUCCAGGAUCGAUUAUUCCAAGAAAUCAUGACAACCAAAACCAAUCUUAAAGAAGAUAAACUGACCUACGACUCCCUUCAAGACUUGAAAUACCUGGACAUGGUGAUCUCGGAAACCCUCCGCAAAUGGCCACCAGUUCCGUUUGCCGAUCGUUACUGCGUCCGGGACUACCGACUACAAGACGGUGACCUCAAGUUCACCAUUCCCCAGGAAAGCUGCCUCUGGAUUCCGAUUCACGGGCUGCAUCACGACCCGGCCUACUUCCCCAACCCAGAUCGAUUCGAUCCGGAGCGUUUCAGCGAGGAAAAUCGGGUCACUAUAACCCCGGGAAGUUAUCUACCCUUUGGGAGUGGUCCCCGGAACUGUAUCGGGUCCCGCUUUGCACUGGUGGAAAUGAAGGCCAUCGUGUUCUAUCUGGUGGCGGAGUUUUCCUUCGAACGGACUCAGAACACCCAGGUUCCGGUGCGGUUCUCCAAGGAAAUGAUGGGCGUUGGAGCCGAGAGGGGGAUUCGGCUGAAGUUGGUGCCACGUUCAACUGAAUUAUUGAACUGAAAAUUUUGAGAAGAACUCUGUCUAAUUGUCAUUUAGAUUAAAUUUCCGGCCAUGUUAGGUACUUAAGUUCAAAAGCGGACUAAAAAAUUAGCUUUAUGAUAAAGUUUUUAAAAAUGAUCUGUGACAUUCAUCGAUAAGAAGACUCUUUUUUGUAACUGCCUGAAUUCAAGCUAGAUUUAAGUAGAUUGAGUAAGAUUGAAGAUAGUAA